AUGACAGACCACCCUACCAUCCUCCUAAUCGGCACCUGCGAUACCAAAUGGGCGGAACUGCAACACACGCGCCAGCAACUGCUCUCAUCCCCCGUCCACCCCAGCCCAUCCGUUAUACUCCUCGACAUCGGGCGUGAGCCUUCUCAUCAUGACGAAAUCACCAUCCCCCACCCCUCCCUCCCCUCCCAGUUCGACAUCGACAUCAACAACGACGACCAUGAACCCAAAGACUGGGCCUCGCUCCCACGCCAAUCCUACCUCGAAGCCGCCACCGCGCGCACCCGGCGCACCAUCGCCCACCUACGCACCCUCAACCAGCUGCAUGGCAUCCUCGCCCUCGGCGGCAGCUGCGGCACCACCGUCGCGACAGCGGCAAUGCGCGCCGCCUGCCCCAUCGGGUUCCCGAAGGUGAUGGUCUCCACCAUGGCCAGCGGGGACAUCGGGCCCUACGUCGAGGAAACCGACCUGACCAUGAUGUACAGCGUCGUCGACAUCGCCGGCACCAAUUCCAUUUUGACUAGAAUCCUGGAUAACGCCGCAGCAGCCGCCGCCGCGAUGGCCGCCGUGCAGUUCCGGCGCGAGCAGCAGCAGCAGCAGCACCCCCAAGACGACCCAACCGCCGCCCCCAAACGCAUCGGAAUCACCAUGUUCGGCGUGACCACCCCCUGCGUCACUGAGAUCCAGACCCUGCUAGCUGCCUCCCCCACCGCCGCGGAAGUCUUCAUCUUCCACGCCACGGGCGCCGGCGGGAAAGCCAUGGAGCGGUUGAUCCGGGAAGGCCGGCUGGAUGCCGUGAUCGAUCUGACCACUUCCGAGGUGGUCGACGAGCUGGUCGGCGGGGUGCUCUCCGCUGGUCCGGAGCGGUUGGAUGCCGCGGCGGCGAUGGGGAUCCCGCAGGUGGUCAGUGUGGGCGCCUGCGAUAUGGUGAAUUAUGGCCCGCCGGGGACGGUGCCGGAGCGGUUUAGGGGAAGGCGGAUCUGGGAGCAUAAUCCUACUGUCACGUUGGUGAGGACAUCCCCUGAAGAAAAUCAGGAGGUGGGGGGGUUUCUGGUGGGGAAGUUGAGGAGGGCCAAGGUGCCGGAGAAGGUGGUUGUCGUGCUGCCGACACGGGGGUUGAGUAUGUUGGAUGUGGAGGGGGGGGUGUAUUGGGAUCCGGAGGCGGAUGGGGUGCUGUUUCGGACGGUGGAGGAGGGGUUGAAGGGGUCUGGGGUGGAGGUGGUCAGGAGGGAGGAGGAGGUCAAUGAUCCGGCGUUUGCGAGGGGGCUGGUGGAGGCGUUGGGGAGGGUGAUGGGUUGUCAGUUGGUUUGA